GAAAGGUGCAAUUAGCACGUCCGAGGCAUAGCCGCGGGGCAGCCGCGCUAGCGGUUGUCCCUCGGUGCUGCCUCGGGAUCCUCGUUCUCUGUAUUCUCCCUUCGCCUGUCUCCUCCCUCAACCACACACGCCAGACCAGCACCAUGAAACUCGUUCGGUUUUUGAUGAAACUCACGAACGAGACUAUCUCAAUUGAAUUAAAAAAUGGAACAAUCGUAAACGGCACCAUCACGUCGGUGGACAUGCAAAUGAACACGCACCUAAAAGCUGUAAAAAUGACCGUCAAGGACAGAGAACCUGUGCCUCUGGAGACGCUCUCCAUUCGGGGGAGCAAUGUCCGUUACUUUAUUCUUCCAGACUCGCUACCCUUGGACACGCUGCUCAUUGACGACUCGCCUAAGCCCAAGCAGAAGAAAAAGGAAACGCGUGGCCGCGGCAGGGGCCGCGGACGAGCCAGGGCUCGUGGCCGUGGUCGGCGGGGUUUCUAAGUGGGGGCUUAGUGGCGUCACACGAAGCUACACAGCCUUGAAAACAAAAAACA